GACUUGAGUUAUAUUGGGUAAUAAGGAAAUUAAACAUUUUGAUGAAAUUUGAUUCAGUAAGAAAGUUUCCAUAUUCCUAAGCAGAGUUAACUGAGAUACGUCUACAAUAUUAUAUUCACUUGUCAUAUUAGAAUUGUAGAUGUCUGAGCUUGACCCCCAAUACCUCCUUGUCUAACCAAACUUUGCACCUCAGGUUAAAUCUGAGAUUUCAUGCUAGCCUACAGAUCAGCAGAAAGGAUUGUGACUUCAUACUAGCCUACACAUUUAGCAGAAAGGAAUAUCCGCCACCAAAAAUGGACACAAUUAGAAGCUCACAAACUACUAAAGCCAUACAACGGAUAUCAGAGUCGGUGUUUGUGGGACUGUGUUAUAUAGUGGGGAACUCACAACUGGUGACCAUGAGGAGAGAUGUGAUGGAAAUCAUGGAGAAGGUGAGAAAUCAAGUGAAAAAAAGAUAUGAGUACAGUGUGAUGGUGAGUGGAAGUUAUGGAGAAGGAUUCAGACUGAAAGGAUCUGAUGUGGACAUUAUGGGGUGGUUUAAUGAUCUCAGUGUGAUCUGGGACUUAUCUCAGUCUCAGUAUUACAACACACAAAGACAAACACUGAUGCUCUGUGACUGUUCUGAUAGUCCACCAGGAUUUACUUUGUUAUAUUUACUGUCACCAAGCAGGUUCAGAACAAUCCAGAGAGCACGUGUUAGAAUGAAUAACAGAUAUUAUGUAUCUAGUUCUAAAUACAGACAGUACUCUUUAUCUGCAUCACUAACUGCACCUUGUAACCUAACGCCACAUGGACCCUGUGUCAGUGGAACAUCUGGAAUACUAGAAUAUGAUUAUGCCACCUGUUUUGUUAGUGACUUUUGGCCUCCUUCUGCCUCCUCAUGGAUAGACAGAUGUCACUCAUGGCCCCAGCCUCAUGUUGUUGAUGAUAUAGUGAAAAAUGGAUGUCACUUUGUAGCAAUUGGACAUAAGAUAGGAAAUCAUGAAGAUCAUGAAUGGAGAAUUUCUUUCUCCCAAGCUGAAAAAAAACUUGUGUUUGUAAUGAAUCACUGUCAAUUCUUAACUUACGGCUUACUUAAAUUGAUCUUAACAGAAAUAAUUAACAAUGGAGUAGGUGAUGAUGAUAAAUUACUGUGUUCCUAUCACAUGAAGACGGCAAUUUUCUGGGUGAUUCAACAAAAUACAAUACCUCACUGGUGUCCACAAAAUCUCCUGGGGGGUUUCUGGGUCUGUUUUAAACUCAUCCUCAAAUGGGUUUAUGAGGGGGUCUGUCCUAACUUUUUUAUUCCAGAAAACAACAUGUUUCUGAGUAAAGUUUUUGGCAUGAAACAACAUCAAUUAAUUAUAAGACUGUCUGAGUUGUAUGAGAAGGGUUUAGCAUUCCUGCAACACAGUCCCUCCAUUAGGUCUUAUAUUAUAGAUGUUUUACAAAACCCCAGAAACUCCAUCUGUACAGAUGUUCAUACUCUGAUUUCUGAGGCUGAAUUUGAUAGAUAUCUAUUUGGUGAAAUACUACAUCAUUGCAUUACACCAGACAAAUUGGACAUACCAAGCUGCAUUAGAUAUCUACAUACAAUAGAACAGAUGAUAGGUUCACCCCUCCUGAGACAGUAUCAAGUCCUCAAGCUACAGAUUAUCACUGCCAGGCUCCUUCAGUACACUGCUUUUAUAUUUCACAUGGAAACUUACACACCUGACAACAAACUGGGUUAUAGAGCUGACAAAAUGACCUGUCACAUGCUGAAAUUAGCAGCCAAGUUUGGCUGUAUUACAGAUAUGCUGUACAUAGCCAUGUAUUAUUACAAGACACUAAGAUACACGGAAACUUUAUCUAUUAUAGAGAUGAUCAAGGUCAAGUUAGCACAGCCAUAUGCGAUGCAUAUAAAUAAUGUAGAUAAAGAGAUGUAUACUGAGGCUGUGGGGGGACAGUCCUGGUCUACAAAGAUGAGACAGGCUGUAGCAGAGAAUGUCAGACUUUACAAUAGCAUCCUUUACAUCAGUGAACUGAAACCAGAACUACAGUCUGCUCUACAGAACAACUGGAAAUUAUUAUUUGUACCAUCCUUGGUACUGUUAUACAUGCUAGAGAUCUUGUGCUACAGACAUGUAGACACAAUGCGAGUACAAACAGCUCUAGAUGAUCUACAGACCCUAGUUCACUAUGAUCAGGGACAGUUCAUACAUUCAAAUUACAGCGACAUGUCGUGGCAGAUUCUGGGAAUCUGUCAACAGGUGACAGGGAACCUCCAGGCUGCUCUUUACUCAUACCAACAAUCCCUCAGACAACACCCAUUUAACAACAUACGAACAGCUACAGAAAUGAGAAUACAGAGAGUAUGCCAAUGGAUUCCCUUAACUAAUUAACUAUCAGGAUAUAUUUGUAAGAGUUCACGGAUAGAGAUUAUCAUUUACAUAUCCUCCUCUAAUUUCAUAUUUUCAUUUCUGCCUUAUUUAUUACAUGUAAUAUAAAGCUAAUAACUAGUCUAUAAUAAAAUGAAAGAAGCACCACUACUUAUCAUAAUUAUACACUUAGCAUGCAUACUCUACUAAGUUACUUAAUACCUAAAGUUAGAUCAGAGUAAUAAAGAGAAAAUGCAUUUCAACUUUAUAACCAUUUGUGCAACCCACUACACAGGGUCAACUGAACCUGGGGCCACAUAUUUCAAAAUUAUUUUUAUCACAAAUUUCAUUUGACUAAUACCACAGAACAGAUUUCAUACCUGUAACCAUUAAUUUAUUUUCAGACUACAAUUGAGCUUCAUUUAUACGGACGCUUUGGUUCGUAGUCAAUUUGUCCAGUCAUGUGAAACGUCCGGAUAUAUGAAUUACCAGUUAAACAAGACAAAAUAAUGUUAAAAAAAAUCCAUUCCGAUGAAAAAUCGUCCAGAUACUGAAGCAUCCGGAUAUCUGUGUUUUAAAUCUAAAGUAAACAAUAUCUUAGGUAUUUCAUAAUUAUAUUAUUGUUAAAAUAUUCAACUAUUUUUAAAAUUUUAAAUUGGACUUCUUUGAUAGCAAAUUGCUUAAUUGAAAACACACCUCUUGCUUUCACUGGGCAACAUAACAAGUAUCAUUUUUAACCAUCUGCCUUCCUUCACUAUAACGACCAAUCCAAUUAUUGAUUGAAUUUAUAGGAAGUCAUUUGUUUUAAUAAACUGUGUACAAAUUAUCAUACAUUACUUUUAAGUGAUUUGUAAGAUUUACAAUAAAUUUUACAGUCCAUUUUUAAACGAGUACAACUGAGACAGCCAUUUUCGUCACAAGUGACCUACAUAGUGACGUCAUUUUCACAUUGUGACGUCACAAACAAGGAGCAAACUUUAUUCAGUAUUUGCUAUUUAUAGAACUUGUGUAUGGCUAUGUGUGUACCUAAUUGUUUUCCAAUUUGAAAUGAGGUUUU